CCCCUUUUUUCGAUGUCCACGGAACACACACACAUACUCAUCCCGCUUCUAACGUCACUUCGAGCAGUCGUUCGCCGUCGAACCAUCGGAAUCAUGAACACUUUGGUCGUCCUCGCUACGCUCGCCUCUCUCGUGGGCCUGUCCCUGUCAGGGAAGCUGGUCGGCUAUAGCUUGGGCAGCGGCUAUGGCGGCGGCUACGGCUUGGGCUACGGAGGCGGCUUGGGCUACGGGGGCGGCUUGGGAUACGGGGGCGGCUUGGGCGGCGUCGGCCUCGGAGGUAGCGUGGUCCUCCUCAACGGUGGACACGGCGGCUACGGCAAGGUGGUCGCAGGGCCGUCCUUCCUCGUCAAGACCGUGCAUCACGUGAACAAGAUAAGCGGCGGGGGAGCCGUGGUGGCGCACAGCGGGCUCGGAGGCGGCCACGUCGUCGGGCCCGUGGUCGCGCCAGUGGUCGCGCCCGUGCUCAGCUACGGCUACGGCGGAGGCUACGGUGGAGGCUACGGCUAUGGCGGAGGCUACGGCUACAAGGGAGAUGAUGAUGAUGAUGGUGGUGGUGGUGGUGGUGGUGGUGGUGGUGGUGGUGGUGGUGGUGGUGGUGGUGGUGGUGGUGGUGGUGGUGGUGGUGGUGGUGGUGGUGGGAACAGGGACACUUCCCACGAACGGUAUCCGAACUAAACUGAGGCUGCGGCU